CGUCCCCGGGCGCGUGAAGACGGCGGGGCCCUCCGCCGGGCGGCGGCCGGCUCUGCGCCCGCGGCCCUCGGAGCCGGGCGGCGUGAGGGGCUGCCGCGAGUGACAGCCGUCGCUUCCCGUCUGGAUAUGUUUCCUUCCCAACCCGGCUGCUUCUUCGAUAUCGUGAAGCUGCGUGGGAAAUAAGCGCGUUCCCGAGGCGGGCGGCGGCGCGACGCCUUUCCCGGAGCCGGGCGGCGGCGGCCGGCGUCCUCCCCGGCGCCGCGGAGCCAUGCGGACGGGCCGCCGCGAGGGAGUAGCAGCGCAGCCGGCGCCCCUCACCUGCCGUCCGCCCUCGCGGACCGAGCCGUGAGCCGAGAGCUCGCCGCGGCCGCCGGAAAACGGAGGAAAUCGCUCUCGUCGGUGUCUUUAUUUCCCGCUCCGCCUCGACCCCCGCGCCCCCAGGAUGACGGCCUCGCUGCGGCGCCUCGUGCCGCUGCUCCCGCUCCUGCUCGCCGCCGCCGCCCCGCAGCCCGGCGCUGCGGCCGCUGCGCAGAGUGAGGAGCGGCUGUGUGCAUUUAAGGACCCGUAUCAGCAGGACCAUGGGAUCAGUGAGAGCCGAAUCUCCCAAGAGAAUGGCACCAUUUUGUGCAUGAAAGGCAGUACCUGCUAUGGACUUUGGGAAAAAACACGGGAAGGAGACAUACAUCUGGUAAAGCAAGGAUGCUGGUCUCAUAUAGGAGACCCACAGGAGUGUCACUUUGAGGAGUGCAUAGUUACAACCACCCCUUCCUUGAUUCAGAAUGGAACAUAUCGGUUCUGCUGUUGUAGCACUGACUUAUGUAAUGUCAACUUCACUGAAAACUUCCCACCUCCUGACCCAACUGAUACAACACCUUACAAUUCUUCUCAUUCUUUUCAUCGGGAUGAGACGAUAGUUAUUGCCCUUGCAUCUGUGUCUGUACUAGCUGUCUUGAUUGCUGCUCUGUUCUUUGGAUACAGAAUGCUUGCAGGAGACCGUAAACAAGGAUUGCAUAGUAUGAACAUGAUGGAGGCAGCAGCAUCAGAGCCCUCAUUGGACCUAGACAAUCUUAAGUUACUGGAGUUGAUUGGCCGGGGACGAUACGGAGCAGUGUACAAAGGCUCCUUGGAUGAACGCCCCGUUGCUGUGAAAGUAUUUUCUUUUGCUAAUCGUCAGAACUUUGUCAAUGAGAGGAAUAUUUACAGGAUUCCACUGAUGGAACACGACAAUAUUGCCCGCUUCAUUGUGGGAGAUGAGAGAUUCACUGCAGAUGGGCGUAUGGAAUAUUUAUUGGUGAUGGAGUAUUAUCCCAAUGGUUCACUGUGCAAAUAUCUGAGUCUCCACACAAGUGACUGGGUGAGCUCUUGCCGGCUGGCACAUUCUAUAACCAGGGGCUUGGCGUACCUGCACACAGAGCUACCUCGAGGAGACCAUUACAAACCUGCAAUAUCCCAUCGUGACUUGAACAGCCGCAAUGUACUGGUAAAGAAUGAUGGAACAUGUGUAAUUAGCGAUUUUGGGCUCUCCAUGAAGUUAACUGGAAACAGGCUGGUGCGCCCAGGUGAGGAAGAUAAUGCAGCCAUUAGUGAGGUCGGUACGAUCCGCUACAUGGCCCCAGAAGUGCUAGAAGGAGCAGUGAACUUAAGGGACUGUGAAUCUGCUUUGAAACAAGUAGAUAUGUAUGCACUAGGCCUCAUCUACUGGGAGAUAUUUAUGCGAUGUACAGACCUCUUCCCAGGGGAAUCUGUGCCAGAGUACCAGAUGGCUUUCCAGACAGAAGUCGGAAACCAUCCCACUUUUGAAGAUAUGCAAGUCUUGGUGUCCAGGGAAAAGCAAAGACCAAAAUUCCCAGAAGCAUGGAAAGAGAACAGCCUGGCUGUGAGGUCACUUAAAGAAACAAUCGAAGACUGUUGGGAUCAAGAUGCUGAAGCUCGAUUAACUGCCCAAUGUGCUGAGGAGAGAAUGGCAGAACUCAUGAUGAUUUGGGAGAGAAAUAAAUCAGUUAGUCCAACAGUCAAUCCAAUGUCAACUGCCAUGCAAAAUGAGCGGAACCUGUCACAUCAUAGACGAGUGUCAAAAAUAAGGCCAUAUCCAGAUUACUCCUCUUCUUCCUACAUUGAAGAUUCAAUCCACCACACUGACAGCAUAGUGAAGAACAUUUCGUCUGAACAUUCAAUGUCCACUACACCUCUGACUUCAGGGGAAAAGAAUAGAAACUCCAUUAAUUAUGAGCGGCAACAAGCACAAGCUCGCAUCCCUAGUCCUGAGACAAGUGUCACCAGUUUGUCCACCAAUACUACUACCACCAAUACAACUGGCCUCACUCCUAGCACUGGCAUGACCACCAUAUCUGAAAUACCUUAUUCAGAUGAAACAAACGUACAUACUACAAACGUCAUGCAGCCAGGUGGGCCCACGCCAGUUUGUCUGCAGCUAACAGAGGAGGAUCUAGAGACAAAUAAACUGGAUCCAAAAGAAGUAGAUAAGAACCUGAAAGAAAGUUCUGAUGAGAAUCUGAUGGAACAUUCACUCAAGCAGUUUAGUGGGCCAGAUCCACUCAGCAGCACUAGUUCCAGCUUGCUUUAUCCACUGAUAAAACUUGCAGUAGAGGUGACAGGACAACAGGAUUUCACGCAAGCUAGCAAUGGUCAAGCAUGUUUGAUUCCAGAUGUCCCAUCUGCUCAGGUCUAUCCUUUACCCAAGCAGCAGAACCUUCCGAAGAGGCCUACUAGCCUCCCUCUAAACACCAAAAAUUCAACAAAGGAGCCACGGUUAAAAUUUGGUGGCAAGCACAAAUCAAACUUGAAGCAAGUUGAAACAGGCGUUGCCAAGAUGAACACUAUCAAUGCCGCAGAACCUCAUGUGGUGACCGUUACCAUGAAUGGAGUGGCUGGUAGAACCCACGGCAUAAACUCUCAUACUGGCACGACCCAGUAUGCCAAUGGGGCAGUGCCGUCUGGCCAGACAGCCAGUUCAGUAGCACAGAGGGCCCAGGAAAUGCUUCAGAACCAGUUCAGUGGAGAGGAUAGUCGUCUGAAUAUUAAUUCAAGCCCUGAUGAGCAUGAGCCCUUGUUGAGGCGGGAGCAGCAGGUUGGCCAUGAUGAAGGUGUUCUGGACCGCCUAGUAGACAGGAGAGAGCGACAACUUGAUAAUGGCCGAACAAAUGUUAAUAACAAUAACAGUAAUCCGUGUCCAGUGCAAGACACAGCUACACUCACUAUCCAGAAUGUAGCCAGAAAUCCUGGGCAGACUCAGACUAGAAGAGCACAGAGGCCUAAUUCGCUGGAUCUAUCUGCCACAAAUAGUUUGGAUAGCAGUAGUAUGCAGUUAGGUGACUCCUCACAGGACAGCAAAUCGGGCUCAGGAGAAAAGAUCAAGAAACGUGUGAAAACUCCUUACUCGCUGAAGCGAUGGCGUCCUUCCACGUGGGUCAUCUCCACUGAGCCGCUGCACUGCGAGGUCAACAACAACGGCGGUGACCGGGCAGUGCACUCCAAAUCCAGCACUGCUGUUUACCUUGCAGAAGGAGGCACUGCCACCACAAUGGUAUCUAAGGACGCAGGAGUGAACUGCCUGUGAAAUACUUUAAAAGCCGACAAGUGACUUUUUUCUUUUCUGUUCUUUUCUUUUUUUCCAUUAUUUGAAACAAACAUACAGAAGACAUUUUAAAAAACUGCUUUCUCCUCCUGUCAGCAACCCCUAUCAAGGACUCGCUUUAAAUAGAUUUCAGCUAUGCAGAAAAUUUUUAGCUUAUGCUUCCAUAUUUUUUUAUUUUGAUUUAUUUUUUGAACAUUUUUGCACUUUUAUUUAGUAUCGCUAAAGUUAAGUCUGUCUGUUUUGACCACGGAAUAUAUAUAUGUGUAUCAAAAAUGUGGUCUCAAAAUAUUUUUUUAAAAAAAAACAAAAAAAGGUAUUGCUGAUAAUCAGUUUGGACCAGUUUCUUAAGGUCACUAAGAUCAUAAGCAGACUAUAAGACAGGUUUGACUGCGGUGGUGUCUUGUAACCAUGUUUUGAUUUCUGUGCGCGAGCUAGUCUGUAUAUUUCUAUGUUACAAAGUGUAUUCUCUUUUGCCCCUCCAUUUUUCUUGUGUCAUGUUGAAAUGUGCAAUAGUCUAUAGUUCACAGUAUGCUUUAUUGAGAAAGUGUUUCUAAAACUGCCACAUGUUCCCGUUUUUGUCUUUAUUAUGUUUUCCCUGACAGUUGAGCAGUCAGCCAGUUGUGACAAUGAACUUUGCACACCGUAGCCAGCUCAAAGCUGCUGCCUGUAUCGCAUCGUGCUCUGAGGUGACAAUGUAUGAACUUUCCCCAGCUUGAAAGGGCUCUUUAAAAGGAACAAAAAUUGAGUUCAGUACCUUUCCUCUGAUCCUUCUCAACCGAAGUGAGUUUCGUUAAUGGUGGUAGAUGCCAGCCUGUCAAGUUCUGAGUAACCAAUUGUUGAACAAAUGUAAGGAAACAAUGUCAGCCACUUUUGUACUUUAUUUUGUGUACAGUUUCACCCUUUGUAUUUAUGUAAAACCAGAUCACUACUAGUGUACGUUGAAAAAUGCAACUCAAACAGAAACCUAAGUAACUGUCAUUCGUAAGAGCUUUAGUGAAGAUAGGUUGUGAACGUUUUUUAUUAACAAAGAGGAACAAGUAUGAAUCUUAUCUGGCACAAAUCUUUCCUGACUGAACACCUUCCAGACAGUCUGGGUAAAAUCAGCCUGAUGACCUUUGCAAGAAGGUGCGUCCUCACUGGUUGCUGUUGCUGAGCUUAAACGUUUCUUCCCCUCAGGUUUUCAAAGCCCUUCAUUCGUCUUGGUAGAAUCUACUGCAUGCUUUUAAAAUUCAUGGGUAUGAGUGUUUGGCUGGGAAGGUUGUUUUUUUUCUGGUUAAACACUUCUUUCAGUUUGUAUGUAACACUCCACACGUUGAUUUUAGCUGUCAGUGAAUGUGAAUCUAAUAUGUAUUGAGAUUAUUUUUUUCACCAUCUUAUAUAGAUCUUUUCUUAGAAUAAUCAUUUUUACUGUCUACUGAAAGCAAACUAAUUUCCUUACUGGCCAGGCCUUCCUUUCACUUAAGAAUUAUUCAUCCACCUGAGAAGUACUCUGAUGGAAAAUACUUCAGUAAAAACUGUUUAAAUUAAAUAUAUAUAUUUGUGUGUGUGUGUGUGUGUGUGUGUGUGUGUGUGUGUGUAAAACACAUGUCAGUCUUUGGUAAUGAGGUCAAGUUUUACUUCAGAAAACUGGUGAUGUUCAAAAAAUAAAAUAAAUUCUAUGUAGCCAUCCUGCCAAACUCCUGUGGUAGGAUACUGGCAGCAGUCACUUGCCUCUCCCAACCUACCUUCUUGUGGCAGCCAGAAAAAGGAGCUCUGUGCUCUCAAGCUUGUUUGUUUCCUUGCUGUUGUAUUAUUUUUCCCCAUGAGGUAAAAUUGCUAGGUCUGUUUUGUACAUCUGAUAUAACUGGUAUAAUAUAUACCUUGCUACAUCUGAUUCUUGCUAUUUCUCAAAAUCUUGCUUGUGCUUUAUGAUUUUCUCCUUCAAUGGUUCUACAUUUUUCUUAUAUUCUUGUACGUAUCUCCAAGAGAUAACUCUAAAUCCAAAUUUUUGAUUCAGUGUAGUUGUGGAAAUUCAAGCUAUGAGAUAUAGUUUGGGCUCCCUGUGCUCUUUAAGCACCAGCUUAAAUAAUAACUCUGAGGUGCAGUUCUGUUAUCAUGAUGUAUAAAUAUAUAGCUAUUCUUUCCCUCUUCAGAAAAUACAGCCUUUCUCUGGUUUUACUUUCAAUUCACUCCCCUGCUUCCCAUCUGCUACAAUCUUGCAUCCCAGAUGUUGAAAACCUGCCAGUUGCUCAGCUGGGUUUCAAGACCUCAAUCAGAAUUUUUGGCAUUCUGUUCAUAAUGUUGGCCACGUUUUUCAUCUCUUUUGGACUUCUUCAAAUCUGCAUUUGAUGUACAGUAUGUUGACUUGGGAUGGUUACUGUAUCAUGCAUAUUGAAGACUCUUCACUCAUUUUCCAGUGACUUUCUGGUUUGCCUUACAUAUGUAUCAUCCAUCAGCAUUUCAGAAUGUGGGCUGAAAAGCAUAUUUAGGACACUUAUCUAACGUGACAGACUCUGGGGAUAGAAAAGUUAUUUGCUCUGACUAGUUCUUUCUGCUAAGACAGGUUUGCUGUGAAAUUCUAGCCUUUCUUUUCAGACCAAUCCUUUGUAUGAAACCCAACUUUUGUUAUGCUUAAUGCAAUCAAAAUAAUUUUGAUACCAGAUGAAGAUUCUUGUGCAGUUUUUGUUGAACAUUUUUUAAGCAUGCAUAAAAAUUUCAUUUCCUCUAUCUUUUUUCUGUCACUUCCUGGAAAACCUUUUGGGGAUGAAUUUUAAUUAGUAAAAGGUAUUGGAUUUGUAACCUACCAUGGAUAAAUAUUAUUUGUAGCACAACAGAAAUGUGUACUUUAUCACAGAAUAUCCUAUAGAUUACGUAGAGAAAAAGUAUUUAUUUGUAAAGGUCAGUCAAAACAAACUCUUAAGUGCACAACAAAAUAUUGUAAUUCUGCACAGCUAGAUGAGAUCAGAUUAUUAGUUUGUUUUUAAUGCUUAUUUUAUUAAUGUCCAAUUUUAUUUUUUACUCACAGUGCAUAAUCCAGUCUCCGCAGAAUACUUUCUCUGUAAAUUAAAUGAUACUGAAUCUCAUCUCGUGUCCUGGGGAAUCAUCCUUAACCAAAUAAAAUGCAUGUAAGAGAGAAUUCUACAGAUCAGACACGUGGAGAUAGGUGGUAAAUGUACUGCAAUCAAGGGACACAAAUGGUUCUGUUUGUUUGUUUUAGGAUAAUGAUGACAGUUGAUAAUAUUCUAUCAACAUCUCAUGUAUACUGCAGAUAAGCUAAAAGUAGAAAAAAUGAAAAAAAGACUGAUAGUGUAAAUACCUAUGAGUUGUGCCACUGUCAAAUAGGCAACAGUAGAAUAUUUGCUAUGGUAAUUUAUAAUGUAUAAUUCAAGUAAAAUAUUAUAGCAAACAUUUGUGAUGUUUGUAUAUAUAACCAAAAUCCAAAAGCUUAUUGGUUUUUUUAAAAAAAUGACAUGCUAGUAGAAGUUAAAUGAGUUAGUUAGGUAUCUCUUUUUCUGCUUCCUAUGUUUCCUCACCAAUAUUACGUGGUUUUUAGAAUGUGAAUUCUAACCAUUUGAACAGACAUGCAAGCAUAGUCAAUUGUAUUCUCUUCUAAAUUGGAAAUUUGCAAGUAAAGUUAUCUGAAACAUUUCCCUGACUUUGCUUAUAAAGCUUGAUAGUUUCAUGUGCUAAACAUUUAUUGUGUCUUUCUUCUAACUCUGAGAUGCACUUAAAUUGCACAGCUAAAAGAUAAAGAAAUUCCUAAUUUAAAGGAAGACCAGUUAAUAUCAUCACGUUUAGAAUAUUCUCUGAAAUUUGUUUAGAAAUGUUUAGAAAUUCUCUGACAUUUUUUCUAUAUUGUGCUUUCUUACUUUUAUUCAUGUCAGUCUUGUUUCCGUUUACAAAAUAAUCUCAUUUCCACAGGCAAUCAAGAUAUUUUUUUUCCCAGUACAGGGUACAAAAAGCAAUACAAGAUGGAUGCUGUCAGGCUUCUGGAAAAGAAAAAUCAAACAAAAACCCUUAUAAAUCCGCUUAUGAAGUGUGUAUCUUUCCAUCUGUCAACUCUCUUAAAAAUCAUUCAUUAAUUCUGCCUGCCUCAGAAAGGAAAAUAAGGAUGUCCUGUAUUUGUUUGGAAUGGAUUAUUGGGCAAAAUUUAACAAUAAUGAAUUGCUGCAUAGAAAAUACAUAUACAUUGUACACCAGUAUAUGCCAUAAUUUCAGUAUUCAGUCAUCCUGUAUUUUUCUUUUCUGAUAUCUCUGAAGUAUUUAUAAGUGUUUAAAACAGCAACAGAAGACCUCUAUAAUACUGCUGAGUCAGUGUUCAGGUGAUAAUUUUCUUCCUUUAAAAUAAUAUUCACAAGAUCGUAGCCAUUCUGCCACUGAAACAUAAUAAUGGAAAGUUCCAGCCUAAUUAAGGAUUUUUUUUAAAUUCAUGUUGCAGUUAAUAUGGGAAAAAUUGUAUCAUGCUGUAGUUUUUACUUGUAUGAAAAUGAUGAAGUUCUCAAUGCUGAAAAUUAGCUUUUUUAAAGUCAUAAAAAUAAUAAUUACCUAGCACAGUAGUAUAUAUGCAUGACCAAGUAUAUAUGAAAUUUGGGGCAGCUUACUAAAGAUUGAAAUAGGUUUGAUUAGUCUAUGAAAGUUGGGUUAUAGAGUGGAUGACUUUGUAUUUUGCAUAAAUUUGCAUUAUUUGAACUUUUCUCAACAGUCUCCCACUAUGCAUUUUGCCAGGUAAAUAUAUUAAUCUCUUUUUUUUUUUAAUGUUCUUACUAAUUUUUGUUCAACUUUAUUCCUUUCUUCAAAGAAAAAUCUAUUGCAGCGGAGCCAAAUAUAUCUAUUUUUUUGUAAACUCUGUAUGUAUUUAGAUGCAUACGUAUGUCAUGCAGAAAUUCCAGGAUUAACUUCUUGAGUUACGGCAUCAGAUGGUAGCACUGGUAGCAAAUAUAAUGGUCUUUUUCAGAUAUCGUUCUUAAAUUGUCUUUAUAAUAAAAUUGGGCUCAGGCUGUGACAUAAUCCAGCAGUGUAAGAUCCCUCAUGACAUGCUUGUCACUUUGUCACCGAUUUAAGAUUUCUCCUUUCAAGUUGGAAAAAAACAACAACAAACCAACCCUCAUCAUUUUUAAUCCACUAUAAUUUUUACAAGGCUUUUUUAUGCAGUAGCUGCUGUAGUGAAGUCUGUGGUAACCCUUUGAUUGUGGGGGGGAGGUUUAGGCCAUUAAAUCCAAUUGCAUUUUAGGCUUCUAUGUUAUCCUAGAAAAACUCAAGCUGUAGACAUGCAUCCAUUUCAUUUUUUAUUUAUUCUUUUCCCCUAAUUAUGUUCAGUUUUUAUGUGAAAUAGUAAGAAACCAGAUUUCUCAUUUUUAGGUUUCUUUUGAACUGAGUAAAACUGGUAGUGGAACUUCUGCUUCUGCAGAAGAGAUUUAGGCCCUCCUUUGAAUCGCAAUGGGAGUCCCAUUUGGCACAAACUUAUCCAGGGAAAUCUAUGCAUCACAAACACGGACGCCACAAACAAGCUGGUGCUUGAGCCAAAUGCUAUUGAAAUGAGAGAGGUGUCUGCCAUCAGUUAGGAGCAAAGAAGAGCUGGCGCUGGUUUGAAAACUUAGGAUUAGCUGUGAGAAAGCCAGUGUGGAACGCUGGGCCUCGUGGGCUAACCCUGACUGCUGGUAUUCUUAGGGCUGCUACCUGGUGACUUGGUUCAGGCUUCCACAGCAGGUCAGCACCAGUUCAGCUGUGGUUAUUGUUGAGAAAUGGGACUGCACCAGUGGGAGGGCAGUGCCAGGUUUUCAGGUAAAUCCUCAUUCACACCAAACCCCUUUGAUGUUCAUCUGGGCUUAACGCAGGUCUGAUUUAGUGGCUGUUACGGUGUGUUAGUAAUAUGGAAUUACUUUUUAUGGCCAAUUCUAUUUAUUUCACUAUGGUUUAAUUACAUAUGUGCAUAACAGUCAAGAACUGAUUGGAGUUACGCUAAUUUGUAGUGUAGAAGUCAGAUUGUUUUAAAAGCCCUACUAAUCAGUAAUUGUGUGAAGUUGCAGGUCAUUCAGUUGGUUAACUUCAGUGCACAGGUCACACCCUACUGUCACAGCAAGGAAGGAUUUCUUCAAAGCUCUUACAGGCUUCUGCAGAUAGAUUACCUCUGUCAGGACCACAGAUCUUGCCUGGUAAUUAUUUUAAAGCAAAAAUAACUACCCUUAUCAUUUACUGGUUUUUAGAUCCCGUAAAAGUUAUUUUUUUUAAAUCAUUCACUAGUUUUUAAAGCAACAAAAAUGCGUGAGGUUUAUAUUUCUAGAGCACUUGAUUCACUUUUUUUCUUUUGUGCUUCAGAACUGUAUCAUGAAGUAUCACACUUCCAUCUUGUUUAUUCAAAUGGAAAGAAAAUAAUAGAUGUUUCUGUAAUCUUUAGGUCAGAGGAACACAAACAGGCAAAUCCAUGUUACUGCUUUCAUUGGUCACUUUUGAAUUUCUUUAUUUUUGUGACUCCUCUUUCACAAUGUUGAAAUGUAUUUAAAAAGGUUUGUCUAUAAUGUUUCUUGUCUGCUUUUUGUCUCUAGAGAAGAGUGUGCUCUAUUCACAUUUAUAUAAGCUGGAAUCAUACUUUACAAUUGCUGCCGAUUAUUUUUCCCCCAAAUGCAGAGGAAAAUGAACACAGCAGAAACAAAUUUCUAGGGUUUGGUCUUCUGUAGAAGCUGAAAUAAGGAUAUGUGAAACUGACAUUUUCCUUAUGAUGGAUGGUAAAGAGAGCAUUAAUUUCUGAGCGAGCUUUUCUGGGGAAGAGGGGGAGAAACCCUAGAAUAUGGAUUCUCAUCAGAACCCUUUUGUUAACGGGUAUUUUUGUUUUUUUCUCUCAAAUGAUUGAGUAAAUAUCAUGUAUGAAUUUAUAAAUAAUUGCUUUCAGUUAUUUCUUUUGUAUAAGCUGCCCAGUACCCUUGCUAUGCUGUAUAAGUUGUGUUUCAUGGAACAGUGUGAGUAUGAAAUAAAAGCUAAGUUUUGUUUUUUAAUCAUCUGUGGAUGCCACUAUGAAAGCUGACAUUGUUAAAGCCACUACAGAGUUUUCUAUGAAUACUUGUAAGAAUUGCUUUGUUAUAUAUAAACCUAAAUAAAGAGAUUGUAUUGAUACAGAGACAUGGGAUAAGAACAUUUAAAAGGCUAUUCUUUAGGUCUAAAAGAAAAGGCUUGCUGUAAAAUGGUGCAUUAUUCCAUUUAUUAAAGAUCAUAUUAAUGACAAAAA